AUGGAUUUAUGCCUUGAGAGUCUUAGUUUAAGUAUUCUGACUAUUAAACAUCAAAAUUUUACUUUCUCAGCUUUUUUUCAAACUUCUGGUUUUGACUAUAGCACGACUCCUGAUAAAAGAGCGUCUCUAUGGUCUGCUUUUGGUCUCAUAAUUAAGAAAAUGUUUCAACGAGAAAAGUUAAAAAAAAAUAGGACAAAUCCAUGUGUUUACAAUGUAAUAAAUCAUAGAAGUGAAAGUUUUGGAGGCUCAUUAAAUCAAUCCUCGAUUUGGGUUGACAAAGAAAAAAGUCGUGACAGUUUAGGUCAUGUUCCAUUCUUCAUGAGAAAUUUAGGCUUUGUCUCGUUCGCUUUUCCUGAGGACACAAAUUCAUAA